AUGUGUGAAUUUCAGUCUUUCUGUCAGAAUGGUACACGAGGUUUGAUUAAGAGAUCUUGGAGUGGAUGGCACCAGGUGAUCAGUGCUGCAGAGACAAUCAUCCUUCCUUCUCUGAUUGGGAUUAUCUGUUCAACAGGUUUAGUAGGAAAUAUCCUCACUGUGUUCACGAUAAGAAGGUAUACACUUUCUCUUACUAUAACUUUCUUUUUUCCUUUACCAUUGAUAUAUUUAUUUGCUAUAUUUUAAUUUUGUUACACAUGGAAGACGUAUCAGCAAAACAAGAAAGCGGGAAAUUACACCACCAGUAUCUCCAGGCAAAGAGUUAUGAAGCUCACUAAGAUGGUGCUUGCUCUGAUCAGCAUGUUUGUGGUAAGCACUACCCCCUUCCAUGUGAUCCAGCUCAUGAAUCUUCAGGUUUCUCAGCUGCCUCUGACCUUCUAAGUGAGCUACUACAUCUCCAUUUGCCUCAGCUAUGCCAGCAGCAGCAUUAAUCCCUUUCUCUACAUCCUGCUUAGUGGGAACUUCCAGAAGCAUCUCCAGUGA